GAACCAGUGAGCGACGGUAACCUCGGGAUACCGGAAGCUUAUUAGGCCCAUAAGGAUACUGAGCUAAGCAAAGGAACACUAAGCGAAGGCGCGAGAAAAAAGUUUUAGGUGGUGAAGACGGAAGACGGGGGAGGGAUAUCAGAUCGGAUCAGUGAGCGAAGGAAAGAGGUCAAAGAAGUAAAGAGAGGAAGGGCGGGGCUAGAAAGUCAAGGAAGUAAGGACAGGAAACGGAGCCAGAAAAAAGAAAGGAAAAGAAGAGGGGACAAAGGCUCGAGUUUUUUCUUGGAACCAAGUCUGGUCCAUCGCUAUUUACUUGUCCAUCGUCAGUACUACCGCACAUCGUGGGAGGGGGACCAUCUUGAGAAGAAAAAAGAAAAAGAGAGACAACCCUACGAAAAAGGAAAAGAACCAAAAGAUAACGGGCCGAGUCAAGAAACGCAGGCGACGAACCUCCAAUUGAUGAAGAGAGAACGUCGAACGCUAUCUGUCCCCUCGGUGAGUUUCCCGGACGAGGGAAACAGAGGUCCUGGUGGCAGUAUGAUGGACUCGAGCGGGUUUUUGGGGACUCCACCUCAGCAAGGAACCGGAGCUAGUGGCGGCACGGGGUGGGCUCCGCAACAGCAGCAGCCAUCUAUUUCUUCGCAAUCACUGGGGAAGCCUCCACCAAAUUUUAAUCGCUCUCGGUCUGCUUCCACCUCUUCGCUAUCAACACCAACGGCUGCUACUCCCGUGCCUGGCGCUGCUGUGAAGAAGAAGACGGUGACAGCUUGCCAGCGUUGUCGUACCAGGAAAAUCCGCUGUGAUGGAGCUCUACCCGCUUGUAAAAGUUGCGUCAAGGCAGGAGUCGAGUGUAUUGAAGUGGAUAGGACUGGGGAUAACAAUAUGCCACGGAGUCAUGUACUUGGACUCGAGAACAGGAUCAAAUGGUUAGAAGAUAUCGUUCGUGCUCGAGCACCCGAUGUGGACCUUCAGGCUGGGCCGCCGGUAGAGCUAAGGUCGAGACCUUCACCUCCCGCCAUUCGAAUUGUAACAACAGGGCCGGAUUUCCACCCUCCGCCUUCGUCGAUGAGCUCAACCUCGUCCCCUUCAUUCGCUCUUUCUCCGGCUUCAACCUGUGCGACCCCGGCGUCUUUCGACUUCUCUCCUGUUCCGUCGCCUAAUUACUUAGCUCCUGUGAGUCCAUAUACCUUCUCCGAUGCGGCAUCACCAUCGCCUAGCUCGGCACCCUCGAGUCCGUUACUUGCCUCCAGCCCACUGUUUCAACCUCAGGAUCCAGUGUCUCAGGAUGUGGGGUUGCUGUCACUUUCAGCCCUCGAGGAGCCAAAGUACCUUGGAUCCUCUUCGGGUGUUUCAUUUGCGCGGCUGGUCUUCCAGGACGCUUCAAGCGGCGAGUUUCGACAGCCCGAUCUGGAUCAGGGGGGCAGAGACGUCAAACCUAGCUCGGUCUGGCCAGGGCUGGAUUCUAAGCCCGCUGCGCUUCCGAACACGGAUGAGUGUGUUACCCUAUCGUCGACCUAUUUUACCACAGUGGCCUUACAAUAUCCAUUUCUGCACCGCCAAACAUUCGACGCUUGUCUUGAGGCCACCUAUCACGCCGAGAAUGGAGCCAUUCAUCACCUCCCACCCGGGUACACGGCGGCCGUUGCCCGAUUCCAUGUGUUCAUGGUGUUGUCUAUUGGCGCCAAUAUCCUCUCUGGACGAGGCCGAGCUAGUCGGAGCAUGGCGUCGGAUUCGGAAGGGUACUAUGCGAGUGCCAUGCAGAUUAUCGAUGAUAUUGGCAUCACUGGGAGUCUGACGGGUGUUCAGAGUGCCUUACUUUUGGCUAUGCGGUCACUGCACGCAUCGGAAGGACUUAACCUUUGGUAUCUAAAUGCCGUCAUCAUGGCAACGUGUGUGGAUCUGGGGUUUCAGCGGAAGAUCGUUUCGUAUAGUGGUGGGGACCAUGCUGGGAUUAAGAAGAGGAUAUUUUGGUGUGCGUAUGCUUUUGACAGGAAUCUCGGGAUUGCCCUGGGUAGACCGUUCUCAUUGCGGGACGAAUCGUUUGAUGUGGAAUUUCCUGAGGAGGGGGAUAAUGAUGAGGAGUUGCACCAUAUGGCGUCGCUAUCGAUGGGGUCUAAUAUGUCUGGUAGUAUCGAGAAUGCCCGCGCCUCGUUCUCUGGAUCAAUCUGCCUUUUCAGGAUGAUGAAAGUUAUCAGCGGCAUUGGAACUACAAUCUACCGGGUUUCACAGCCUCAUGUUGGUCGUUGGCAGGUGGAUUUACCGGAAUGGCAGAUGGCGACAUAUCGGCAAUUGACGGAACUUCGGGAUCAAUGGCCAAAUGGUCGAGCUCAAAUAUCACGAAGCAGUCCAACUCCUCUUCAGGCCCUCUCCCGUGUUCCCGAAACCUACCGCAACAGCCUUGCAGCACUGUUUCUCCUCGUCGGUUGAAACGAUCCGCAUACAAUCAAAGCUAAAACGCUACGGAGAACUCCAGCAUUCCUGGCUAACUGUGCAAUCGAUAUUCGUAAGCGGAAUGAUGAUGCUAUUCGCCCACAAGAAUUGCCGCGAAGUGCAAACCCACACAACGCACGAGGUGCUAAUGGAAGAUAUUAAUUCCUGCUCAUCACUCCUCAGCGACCUCGCAGAACGCUGGCCUAUAGCCCAACGCUCGAGAGCUCGCUUCGAGGCCCAUGCUUCCACAGUCAUAAACCAAGCCUCGACAAACACAUCGCGCAUGCUAUCUCCGCAAGACAGCACACGUCGCGCCUCGAACUCAAGCGUCCACUCGUCUCGGGGGUUCUUUGCGGAUGUGCAAUCUCAAUCGCAAUCCCAGACCCUGGAAGUCCCUAGUUUACACCAAGCACCCACUCCAGCUCCAGCAUUGCCACCACCACCACCACCGCCACAGCAAAUGAACACACCGAAUUGGUUUAGUGGUGACCCCGCCGGUGGCAGUACUGUUGCACAGAUGGACACUAGUUGGGUGGACACAUUUGAUUGGGGAUUCGCGCCGGCAGAUUUCCCGGCUCCGGGUGGUAUUGGCUUCGAGGGGCUUGACCCUACUAGUGAGGACAUGCUUUCUGCGUUGCUGAAUGCCCCGCCUGGUGGGACUGGUGGCGAUACGGGUAUGUGGGGGAUGGAGCAGGGGGAUCAUGAUAGGAGGAUCUAAGCUGGGGGUAUUUAUACUAAUCUCUUCGUUGUCGUUGUUGCAGUCCUAUUUGUCCGUCUUAGUCUAGUUGGGCUAGCGUUGUGUAAAAAAAGAACACAGGUUUGAGUUUUUGAGUUUUUGGGAAAUUAUCGCUUUUGAUAGAGGGGGCUGGCGUAUCUUUGGUUCGGAUUUCUAGGUUUCUUCUUCACUUUAUUUCUUUUCAAGUUGAUUUUAUUUUAGUUCCCCCCUUUCCACCUUAGUUUCUUUCAUCUUACUUGGUGUCUCUAUUGCAGAAAUCGUGGAACGUGGGCGAUACUGUCGGUAUAACCUUUCCCCCUAAAUUUCCUUCCUCUUUUCUCCUUUUUAUCACAUCUUUUUACUCCUAAUUUGGGCUAGGAAGGAAGGAUUGGGUUGGGAUUUGUAUUAAGUAAGGCUGUUGAGUAGAGAGGUAUUAUAUCAUGUAGUACAAGACAAUACAAUACGGCAUGGUGCAGUGCUCGAGGAAAGCUAAUGUAUCGGUUGUAUUCCAUUUGGGUA